AGAGAUCAGAACAACCCCAGCCCUGUACAGCAGGCUAUUAUUGCCCUACAACAAGGAUGACAGAAUCUGAUUUAGUUCCCUGCCCUCCAGGCUUCUUUUGUCCAGAAGGUUCAUCCCAGCCAUCUCCAUGUGCACCAGGUACAUAUGCCCCUGGACAGAACCAUACAACAUGUAUCAUCUGUCCGGUUGGGUUUUACUGUAUAGAACAGGCUGUAACUAUGGUCCCUUGUCCGUGGAAAAUUUACUGCAAGCUGGGAAGUAGUGCUCCUGUUUGUGACUUACUGCCGCACGGAUCAGAGGGCACUAAUGUUUCCAUCAGUUCAUCAAAAGACAAGGGUCACCCGUACACGACACGAACCACAGUGACUACUCUGAAGGCUGUAUGUGUUGACUGCCACCUCCCAGUUGUCUCCUACACAUGGAGUGUGCGACAUUGUUUACAAAGUCUCAGUAUGGAGGAGUGCCGGAACUGUGAUUUCCAUGUCCUUCAACAUAGCAGUAACUUGGACACAAUCACUCUUGACAGACCUGCGAAAAAUAUUGCGCAUUGGGACUACUUGGCUGUUUAUGUCACAGGUGAAGGAUCCACCCCGUUAACUGAAGAAAUGGUUCACAAGAUAGAUGAUGUCACAAACGAAUUGUCUUUUAAUGAUUCAGACUCAUUGUACAAUUCACUACAUAAAUUAACAAGCUGUGUACAUAUGAUAAAUCUGGAUGAGGCACCUGAUCCUUCAGGUCAACCUAAACAUACAAUACAAACUGCAGAGGUACGCGGCCAUGUAAUCAACAAGCUGAGUGAGAUAGAUGCAAAGGAUGCACAGAUAGUAAAUGCUCUCAGUCUUACACUCAGCACAGUCGUUAAAAAACCAGACCAAAUCACCAGUAAGGCAAAGACCCAAUCUGUAUCUAUAUACAGCAAACUGGUGAAGGCUUACAAGAAUUCAUCUGCUGAGGUCACACAAACAGAUCUUGCUGUCACAGCUAGCCUUUUAGUGAGCGGAUUCGGAUCUCUGGUGUUCAACACAGUUAAUGAAACCAAAGAACAGAGUGAGGAAAACAAGGGGUCUACAAAGACUCUCUUGUCCUUGGUAACGGAUGUGAUGGAUGUGAUGCAGACUGACCAGGAAGUGGAUGGCCCACCCAUCACCAUUGUCACCCCCUCUAUCUACCUCUCUAUGAACAAGAUGAAGCCCGGCAAUUUGACAAGAAUCUCCAUGGAGCCUGUGAAGACCAAUGGGUCAAAGAUCAGUCUAACCAUUCCUGAUGACCUUGACCUCACAGGCAACAAUGACUCAAUCUCCAUGCAGACAGUGUGGCUCGGGCUCGGUGACCACCCUACUAUACCGGAGUGUAUAUACUGGCCUGUUCCCAACGCUACACGACUUAACCUGGGUGCACGUUGGAAAGAGAGUGUCGCCAUGGUAACAUCAGGUGUCCAGUCUCUCACUCUUAAGGACUCUCACAACAAGCCAGUCCACAUGAACAACCUCAAGUCACCAUUGAAACUUUCAUUUGACUUUGAUGAUGUGGCGACUAGUGCCAAGAUUCCUCUCAAGCUGAUCAUCCAGAAACAGGGUAAGACAUUUGAUCAGGUUGUGAGACAUGCAAGGCCGGGUACCACCACCUUCAACAUCACCCUGACCCGAGGAAACACCCAGACAUUCGUGCUCGACCUGCCACAAAACUUGUCUUCCAUUAAACUUGGCAUAAGUGAGGAGGGUGAAGUUAAUAUUAAAGAACUGGUUGCCACUGGAUUUAGAUACCCUGGAGACAUUGAGCUGAUAAAUGCCGUGUAUGGAAGAGGUAAUGGUGACGGUGGUGAUGUUUUGGACAACAUCACCAGGUACUGCCAGGAGUGUGAUCAUCGCUGCUGUAAAGACAACACUUCCUCCUGUAUUGGAAUAUAUGCCGGCUGUGGCAUGUUCUGUAGCCAUCUCCCAAAUAUCAACAUGACAGCAAACUGCACCGAUUUGAACGAAGAUUUGACAGCAAAAGAUACCCCGGGCAAUGUAAUUUCAGGAAAAACCAUAUAUCUGUCAGCUCGUGAGCCAAAGCUGGAAGAAAGCAAUGUAACAUCUUAUGUACUCUACUUUACUGUGAGCGUUGACAUUACCGACACCCAAACUAGAGAAGAGUUGAUGUUACGUGACCCAGGCUGUCUGGGAAACGAGACCAUCAGUGAAUGUUAUGUAUUUUUGGACCUGACUACCACCCUGCGGAGCUUUCACCUGGGAUGUUACUACUGGGAUGUUGAAAAGGAUGACUGGACACAAGAAGGAAUGCAGGUUUGUUAA